ACAGCGACGCGCAUAGCAUAGGGGGGAGGACUGUGCCAUUGUCUCCCAAGCGGGCGGUCAAUGGCCUUUAAGGGCCCGAUGCACUUCUGGCAUUGAGGUUAUCGACUUUUCGCAUCGGGACCGCUUAACGCCGGCGCAUAGGAAGUCCAUAUCCAUCGUCGCCAUGGAUCCCAGAGACAGGAAACUGGAUUCGCCGGAGCGGAGGCGAUCACGGAGGACGUCAAUGAGGCAUUCGCUGACUCUACGGGCUGAACGAAUGGACGAGCUUCCCGAUCCAGAAGACUCAGCUCUGGCUUCGGUGGCAGACGAUGACAUGCGACACAGUCCAUUGUAUGAUCCCAGCCCAGCGGUGGUAGCACUGGGGCAGGAAUUGAGAGACGAGGGCUUGGGCCAAGGAGGUCAGGUUCGGGCGAGGGUAACGAAUGACAGCAGUUCACCGAUAACGCCACCAACAUCUACACCGAUAUUACCAGUACAGCCCUUUUCGCAGGCGGAAUUGCGGUCAGCCCAAGGAAGUCCAUAUGGGACGAACGCCGAUAUGGCAGCGACAACUCCUCUAUCAGAGUUGACCACAUUCUCUCCGGAACUACCACAGGCCCCUCUUCGUCCACCAAGCCCAACAAAACGAGCAAGCUCAGCAGCAGAUCCCCUGGCCUUGAGACACGAUGGCGCAACGAGCCCAAACCUAUCAUCCCAACAUAUGGACAUAGAUGCCGCUCAUUCCGCCAGUAUUCCUGGCCCAUUACAACCAUCAGGUCCCUCUCACGUUUACGAGCAAUAUACUCGCAACUUAGCCUUCGGGCCACCACUGGGUCUCUCUUCUGAUCCUUUAGCAAGGGGCUAUCCCUAUCACGGACCAUCCGAUCCUUCUCCUUAUCACAUCUAUCCUCAAGAUGUGCAUAACGCCCCCCAAUAUGGACGAGUCGUAACUCAGCAAGGCGAAGUCCCGGUAGUCGACUACUAUGGCCCAUACGGGCAUCACGAACCGCUGCCGCCCUACACCGAACGCGACAAUACAGGCUUAGGAGGAAGCAGCUCGAGCUCCAUCGACCCUACCCCUGCGCCUGUUGCUGACAGCACUCCCAGUAUCGGUCAGCCCACUGCCUCUACUGCUGUCGUUUCUUCUUCAGCUCCUGCUUCUGCCCCCGAGUCUUCCCCUGCAUUGGGUCCUGCCCCCGCUGCGGAAGAGCCGGAGGGUCGGACAACACCGACGGCACAGCCAACACAAGCACCACUUCCGUCAACUCAGACGCCACCCACCACACAGGUGUUAGCGACAGCACAAAUAGAGCAGGCAGAGCAGACAGGGUCGGCAGCGCAAGAGGCACAAACGGAGGCUCUCACUGGCGCUGGAGGUCUAGGUCUUGCAACCAGGAAUCCGGAAUUUGACUCGCUCGACGACCUGCGAGCUCCUCGCCCCCGUGCGUCGACGCGAAGCUUUAAUACGACCCACAGUAACGACCAAAUCAACAAGGAGAAAGCGGCGAUCUCAGAAAAAGAGACGCCUUUCAAGCGUUGGAUGAGAAAGCAGUGGUGUUUUGGGGUGGUUCCUAAUUGGGCUUUGGUUCUCUCGUUAUGCCUUCUUGUGAUUGUGGGGAUUGUUACCGGCACGGUUGCCGGAGUUUUGCUGAGCAAGCAUGGAAAACCACCACCUAAGGAUGGUCAUCCAAAGCCCAAACCGGGGUCAGAAUUUCCCAGCAAUGUGAUACCCAUACCAACUCCAACAGAUCUUGCUUCGCUUCCAACAGGAACCUGGAGUAUACCCAUGAUGCUCAACCAAGCCUCUAGUAACUGCUUCAAGGAUCCUGCACAGUCGAAAAGUUGGAACUGCCAUUUUGUCCCCUCGGGCAUGUACUUGUCGGUUGAAAGUUCCGCCCCCAACCGUUACACAUUCACGAUCAAUUGUAACCACUCUCUCACCAUGUCCAACAACGUCUACUCAUACGGUGAGCAGCCAGUGUUGCUUGUGAAUCCUGGGGCAUUGGUGCUGGUUAACGACACGUCUGAAGCCAAUCGGGGCCCUGCUUGGUUUCAGGCUGUCCCUUACAACAAGACCGUCAUUCUUCCCCAGGAUUCACUCAACAUUACCACAACAGAAGGUACGGCGAAGAUGCGCCGUGGAUGGGAUCGCAAGGAUUACCGCAAAGGCUAUGGGGCGCAACCAGGUGACAAGCCUUGGAUCUGCAACUGGCCCCAGACGACGUUCGAGCUCUAUAUUUAUGCUCAACAGAACUCGAGUUGGUCCGUCAAUACUCAAAGCCUUCCGCCGCCGCCGGCGACCUCUUCCGUACCAGCACCAACGGACUCCACGACAAUGACAGUAGUGGUCACGGAAACAGAAAUCGACCACGUAGUAUCACCGACAGCAAGCACAUUUGCAUCGUCGACUUCGUCACCGGACAGAUACAACCACUACACCACAAAGCCAUUUGGACAGCGCCCCCCGGAUGGAGUUGUGUACUAUCUUCCUUAUAGACACCGCCAACUUGAGGCCGACCAUCACGGCCAAGAGUCCUCCUUGAGUGAAACACCAUCAUCAACCUCCGGGCCUGCGUCUUCGUUCCCGCCAGGCCCGAUGGGCACUGGUCCCCAUGGCGAUGGGUUCGCUCCUCCACCCCCAGGUUAUCCUCGAGUCGUCAAACUCGAGGAACGUCGAUAUCUCGAUGCGCCGGUUCCGGAAUGCACACAGUUCGAAAUACCCUUCAACGGACAAGCUGCUCAGCCCGUUCGCGAUGAAAAGGGAAAUAUGGUUGUCGUCACCAUCUAUCCCCCGGAGGCUACAGCGACUGGCUCACCACGCCCAUCACGUCGCUUGGGCAAGAGGUUCACGGACUGGGACCUUGAUUUGAAUGAAGAGGAUGAUAGCCCGAUUUGGAGCCCGGAGGUUUUGCGGAGGAGUGAGGGGGACGGAGGAAUAUCAAACGCAAGUGGCGGCGUUGUUCCGUUUGGAAGCCAGUGUAACUGUGAGUGGUUUAUUACAUGAGCAUAUGUCCUGGGAAUGUUAGCGUAGUAGUAUCUGAAGGUUUUUAUGGGGUUUGCAUAGCGGUUUGCAUAUCGUCGGGUUUUUCAUUGCCAGGCGUUAGUUUUGGAUUAAUCAAGGUUGGGUGAGGUGGAACUGAUCUUUUCUACGUACGCCAUGUACUUAUCUGUGAGCGGGUGAUGCUUGUAGAAUGGAUCACUCUGAUGGUGUGUUCA